UGCUUGGUAUGUGCGGACGACACCAACACGAAAGGCGGCAAAUGUUUCCAGCCGGUGAAAAUUAACCCGGAAACCUUUCUUCUAUCCGCGUUUUGAUCCACUCUUCGACGCCAAAAGCCGACGCGGCACACGCGACGUGGAAUAAAGUCGACAAGUGAGCGUUUGGCGGUGAGAUCCUGCGGUCGCUGGCAGGUCGAACACCCCCCAGGAGCGGCGAAUGGUUGAGUCCGUAGUAGGCAGGACUGUGAGCGGUCUGCAGCAGGACGUCGGAGAUCAAUGAACCGGACCCGAGGCUCACUGGUUCGGCGUAAAGUGAGCGGAUAGACGAGUCCCUCCCUCGGAUAAAUGUGUCACUACCUUCAGGGCGGCCAGGCUUCGUCUAACAAUGCCGACAUUUUAAACAGACGCCUGUUGUUUUUUUAGCCGACUCACCGCUUCCGACUUCUUCUUCUUCUUCGUCGGUGAUAUUGGUGACUUCUUCUUCUUCUUCUUCGUGGGUGAUCGUGGUGCUGCAAGCCUCCAACAAGCCUCCAACAUUACCUUAGUGGUGCUGCAAACCUCCAACAUUACCGCAGGAUGAUCUUCGCCAACACGGGCAACCCGCUGAAAAGUGGCAGCCGCAAGCAGUCCUACCCCAUGACUCCGUCCAGUCCCAGCAGCAGCAGCAACAGCAGCAGCACAGGCCUGGAGCAGCUCAGCAAGACCAACCUGUACAUCCGGGGUCUGCCUCCUGCCACCACAGACCUGGACCUGGUCAAACUCUGUCACCAGUAUGGCAAGAUUCAGUCAGCAAAAGCCAUUUUGGACAAGACAACCAACAAAUGUAAAGGUUACGGCUUUGUGGACUUUGACAGCCCAGCGGCUGCUCUGAAGGCCGUCCAUGCUCUGAAGACCAGCGGCAUCCAGGCCCAGAUGGCCAAGCAACAGGAACAAGACCCCACCAAUCUGUACAUCUCCAACCUGCCUCUGUCUGUGGACGAGAAAGAGCUGGAGAACAUGCUCCAGCCUUUCGGCCAAGUGGUGUCCACACGCAUCCUGCGGGACUACGGCGGCAACAGCCGAGGCGUGGGCUUCGCCAGGAUGGACACCACCGAGCAGUGCAACGCAGUCAUCUCUCACUUCAACGGGAAAUUCAUCAAAAUCGCCUCCGGCGCUCUGGCUCCCUCUCAGCCCUUGUUGUGUAAGUUUGCAGACAGUCAGAGGAAGAAACACGCCCACAGUGGAUUUGUUCCCAAUGGACAGAGUGCAGAUCUCAGACUAAGUGCAAUGACUCUGACCUAUGACCCCUCGUCAGCAGCUAUGCAUAACGGGUACUACCCAUCCCCGUAUCCAGUCACCAACAGGAUCAUGGCCGUGCAGCCCACCUUGUCUCCCUACAUGUCCCCGCUCUCUGCUUACCAGGCCCCGGUAAUGUCGCCCUCUGUGGAUCCAUCCAUGUCACUGCACCCUGCAGCCAUGAUCGCUCAGCAGAUGGGUCAGCUGUCCUUAGGAAACACUGGAGCGUACAUUGCUGCCAACGCGGGGGUUCACGGUGCUUACAUGCCACAGUACACUUCCCUGCCUGCACCAGCGGAGAACAACACGCCCCAGCAGGUGGAUUCUUCCAACAACUCCUCCCCUUACAGUCAGCUCAGCAAGUAACCACAGGCGGGCUGACGGGCGGCGAGCGAUGACAUCAUCCUCUCUCUGAUUGGACCACACACAAACUGUUUUUGCACAGCCCGACGCUUGUGUUGGAAAAGCAAGAGCGGAAAAGGAGGACAGUGACAAGAACAGAACAAGCACUGCAGCAGUUGGCUAAUCACACGAAAACAACACAAAUAGAUUUAUUUUGAUAAGAAACAACGUGCUCUUCAUCCUUUUCUCUUUUCUCAAGAAGGAUUCUCCAACAAAAUUCCAGAGGACACGCCCCCUCCUCCCCCCCCCCCCCCCCCCCCCACAGUAUGAUGUGAUUUUUAAUGCAUGAGGCCCCCCCCCAUCCAGGUUUUAUGCU